AUGGUAAAGCCACUACCCAAAAAGUUCAAGAUGCCACAGCUAACAACUUAUUCUGGGAAGGGGGACCCUUAUGACCAUAUGCAAAACUCUGAGGCAGUGAUGCUUCUCCAUGGAUGGGAGGACGCAAUCAUGUGCAGAGCAUUUCCGCUUACUUUAACAGAGCAUGCACGCAUAUGGUUUAAUAAUCUGAAGGAAGGAUCAAUUUCAAACUUCAAUCAGUUGAGGAAGAAAUUUAUAGAUGGGUUCCUCAUUAAUGCUAGAAGAAAGAAGGACGCUUCGUAUCUUCUGACCAUUAAACAAGAAGAGAAAGAGAGCCUGAAAGACUAUGUUGAAAGAUUUUGUGCCGCUACCUUAGAAGUACAGGAUCUUCAAGCCACAGUGGUCGUAUCAGGAAUGCUUCAAAGGGCAAGGUCAAGAGAUUUUCAAAAAUCCCUUUCCCUAAAUCAACCCCUCACUCUUGGAGAUCUGUUCAGUCGAGCUAAUAAGUUUAUCCUUUCGGAAGAUGUUAUGAGGCACAUCAAUGCUGGAAAAAGAGAUAAGAAAAGAAAAGAUAGAGAUGAAACGAACGAUGAAGGGAGAAAGACUGGAAGAGGAAAUGAACACAGAUAA